AGACUGAUGGAGCCACACCAGACUCUCAGCGUUCCCAUCUCUCCUCCUUCACCAUGAAGCUGAUGGACAAAUUCCACUCGCCCAAGAUCAAGCGAACACCAUCGAAGAAGGGAAAACCAGCAGAGGUGUCUGUGAAGGUUCCAGAGAAGCCCGUGAACAAAGAGGCAACAGACAGAUUUCUACCAGAGGGCUGCCCUCUCCCCUUGGAUCUGGAGCAGCAGGCAGUAGGAUUUAUGUCCACCAGUGCUGUGGCUUCCAGGUCUCAAAGGCAGAAGAAUCUGAGCUGGCUGGAAGAGAAAGAGAAGGAAGUCGUCAGUGCCUUGCGCUACUUUAAGACCAUUGUGGACAAAAUGGCUAUUGAUAAGAAGGUGCUGGAGAUGCUCCCGGGCUCAGCGAGCAAGGUGCUGGAGGCCAUCCUGCCCCUGGUGCAGGGCGACCCUCGCGUCCAGCACAGCUCAGCCCUCUCCUCCUGCUACAGCCGAGUGUACCAAAGCCUCGCCAACCUCAUCCGCUGGUCUGACCAAGUGAUGCUGGAAGGCGUGAACUCGGAGGACAAAGAGAUGGUGACGGCCGUGAAGGGGGUCAUCAAGGCGGUGCUGGAUGGAGUGAAGGAGCUGGUCAGACUUACUAUCGAGAAGCAGGGGCGUCCGUCUCCGACCAGCCCAGUGAAGCCCAGCUCCCCAGCAGCCGGCAAACCUGACGGUCAGCCUGCACUCCCCCUGACGGACCGCGAGAUGGAGAUCCUGAACAAGUCGCCUGGGCUGUCCCAAUCCACCGAGCUCCUCCCAGACUCCACGGAUGAAGAGGUCGCGCCCCCCAAGCCCCCUUUACCUGGCAUUCGGGUGGUGGAUAAUAGUCCCCCGCCAGCACUGCCGCCCAAGAAGAGACAGUCCGCCCCGUCCCCCCCCCGUGUGGCUGUGGUGGCCCCCAUGAGCCGAGCCACCAGCGGCUCCAGUUUGCCUGUUGGGAUUAAUAGGCAGGACUUUGACAUUGACUGCUAUGCACAGCGGCGGCUGUCAGGGGGGGGCCACUCCUAGCCGCGCCUGUCCCCCUGCGGCAGCAUGGGCAAGCUCAGCAAGUCCGACGAGCAGCUGUCCUCUCUGGACAGGGACAGCGGGCAGUGCUCCCGCAACACAAGCUGUGAAACACUAGAUCACUAUGAUCCCGACUACGAAUUCCUCCAGCAAGACCUCUCCAACGCAGACCAGAUACCUCAGCAAGUGGCCUGCAACCUUAGCCCGUUGCCGGAGGCCUCGGGGGAGUCUGGGUCUCCAUUUCUUGGCCAUCCUUUCCAGCUGCCUGUUGGCAACUGUCCCCAAAUGGAGGGACACCUGGCCACGGGGCAGCAGAUAGACACGCCGCCAGCUCUCCCAGAGAAGAAGCGCCGGAGUGCGGCCUCCCAGACCGCGGACAGCUCGAGCUGCAGGGCGUCCUAUGAGCGGCACCCCUCGCAGUAUGACAACAUCUCCGAGGAUGACCUGCAGAACUCGGCCCCACAGUCCAUCCCCUACACGCCUUUUGCUGCUAUUCUCCCCUUCCAGCAAGGAGGUUCCUCGGCACCGGUUGAAUUUGUGGGUGAUUUCACUGCUCCUGAAUCAACGAGUGACCCAGAAAAGCCGCCGCCUCUGCCAGAGAAGAAAAACAAACACAUGCUGGCCUACAUGCAGCUGCUCGAGGACUACUCGGAGCCGCAGCCCUCCGUGUUCUACCAGACACCUCAGAACGAGCACAUCUACCAGCAGAAGAACAAGCUGCUCAUGGAGGUGUACGGCUUCAACGACUCCUUCAGCGCCGCCGAACCCUCGCAAGAGCUGGCCCCACCUCCCGCCCUACCCCCCAAGCAGCGGCAGCUGCAGGCCUCCUAUGCUGCUUCUUCCUUCUCCCCUGUCUCCUACUGUGUCCAGCAAACUAAAGUGGCCUUCACCCCCGAGGACGGCGGUGCCACUCAGGGCCUCAGUGUGUCCGUCUCUAACUCCUUUCUCAGCCGGCACGGCAGCUUGCCCGUGCCCUCGUACACGUCUGUGUUCAGGUCCCACUCCCAGGACUUCGUGCCUCACCACCACGCUCCUGCUCAGCCUGUCCUUCCGCCUACCUCCUCUUCCUCUCCACACUUCCCACCUGUCCACCAGUCUGAGAGCUCCGACUUAGCGGGGCCAGCCGUGGCCAGCCCGCCUCCCAGCACCACGGACGGGCCUCUCUCAUCUUCCCAGGAGAGCAGCGUCCAUGGGAAUACUGUCUGCCUUCCUUCCGAAACCUCUUUCACUGACUCGAGUGAACACGCCAGUGAGGACGCUGGUGAGGGUGAAUAUGUCAGUCUGUACUCCUCUGGCCAGAGCACUGAGGAGCUGGCCCCCUCGGGAGGAGAGUCCCCUGCUGGGAAGGAUGGCCAACCCAGGGAGCCCACACUGGGCAGCACAGCCGGGAAGGACAGCAGAGACGGUGGUGAGAGGGCCCCCAAGUCACCAGAUGCCCUGGAGUCAGCCCAGGCGGAGGAGGAAGUGGAUGAGCUGUCCCUCAUCGACCACAAUGAAAUUAUGUCCAGACUGACUCUCAAGCAGGAGGGUGAUGAUGGCCCAGAUGUCCGCGGAGGGUCUGGAGAUAUCUUACUGGUCCACGCCACUGAAACAGACAGAAAAGACUUGGUGCUGUACUGCGAGGCCUUCCUGACCACCUACAGGACCUUCCUGAGCCCUGAGGAGCUCAUCAAGAAGCUGCGGUACAGGUACGAGAAGUUCUCUCCAUUCGCCGACACAUUCAAGAAGCGUGUCAGCAAGAAUACCUUCUUCGUGCUGGUGCGGGUGGUGGACGAGCUCUGCCUGGUGGAGUUGACGGAGGAGAUCCUGAAGCUGCUGAUGGAGCUGGUCUUCCGCCUGGUGUGCAGCGGAGAGCUCAGCCUGGCCCGCGUGCUCCGCAAGAACAUCCUGGACAAGGUGGACCAGAAGAAGCUGCUCAGGUGUGCCAACUCCGACCAGCCACUGGCAGCCAGAGGGGUGGCAGCCAGGCCGGGGACCCUGCAUGACUUUCCCAGCCACGAGCUGGCCGAGCAGCUGACACUGCUGGACGCAGAACUCUUCUAUAAGAUAGAGAUCCCUGAAGUUUUGCUUUGGGCCAAAGAGCAGAACGAGGAGAAGAGCCCCAACCUGACCCAGUUCACGGAGCACUUCAACAACAUGUCCUACUGGGUCCGGUCAAUAAUCAUGUUACAGGAGAAGGCCCAGGACAGGGAGCGACUGCUGCUGAAGUUCAUCAAGAUCAUGAAGCACUUACGGAAGCUGAACAACUUCAACUCCUACCUGGCCAUCCUCUCAGCGCUCGACUCGGCGCCCAUCCGCAGGCUGGAGUGGCAGAAGCAGACCUCCGAGGGCCUGGCCGAGUACUGCACGCUGAUCGACAGCUCGUCCUCCUUCCGAGCCUACCGGGCAGCCCUCUCAGAGGUGGAGCCCCCGUGCAUUCCCUACUUGGGGCUGAUCCUGCAGGACCUGACCUUCGUCCACCUGGGGAACCCAGACCACAUCGACGGGAAGGUGAACUUCUCCAAACGGUGGCAGCAGUUCAACAUCCUGGACAGCAUGCGCUGCUUCCAGCAGGCGCACUACGACAUCCGGAGAAACGACGACAUCAUCAACUUCUUCAACGACUUCAGUGACCACCUGGCCGAGGAGGCCCUAUGGGAACUCUCUCUGAAAAUCAAGCCCAGGAACAUAACGAGGAGGAAAACAGACCGGGAGGAGAAGACCUAGGACGGCACGUGAGCGCGGAGGACGCUCGAGAGGCGGAGGCAGCUCUGAGACCCAGGAGGACCUUGGACCUGUUGGGUGGGCUACAGGGGUCCUGGCCUCAGGGCCACAGACCCAGCCAGGCCUUGGCUGCGCCAGGCGGGAGCCCACAGCCCGCGGCAGCCUCUGCCUCACUCCCGGGGAGCAGACCCGCGGCCACAGAGGGGCAGCAGGCGGGUCUCGGUACCGCCUCAUGCCCGGUGGUGUUCUGGUUUGGUUUGAUGUUCCGCUUUCACUUCUCUCCCCCGCAUCCCCGCCCACCCUCCAGCCGGGGGGCAGCACAGAUGUCCUUGCAGACCAGUGACUGGCGGCUCCUCCCCUUUCCUGAGCUCCGGGGCCCCUGAGUCUGCUGGAUGGGCCCCCUGGGUGGCUGCCCUGGGCAUCCCGAGUGAGGGAGUGCAGUGGGCGUGCAGAAAGCAGAGGGGCGGGAGCUCCUGUGCGUGCCUCCCUGCUUUGUAAAGAUGGAGGCGGCAUGGGCUUUUCCCCUGGCCCAAGAGGUACGACGGUGGCAUUUGGGCAAGCCUAGAGUGGCCCCAGCACCGGGCCGGCUCAGAACGGGCCUGCUGUGCUCUGGUGUUGCUGGACCCAGAACAGCAGCAGCAUCUGCCAUCCUGUGGCCUCUGAAGCUGCAGGGGUGCCCCAGGCCAUCGGGGAAGCACAUCCCUUCCUGAGCGGGGACCAGAGCUGGGCUCCUGGGUGAGUCAGCUGAGUGGCGGCACCGUCCCGUCCUGCUUGCUGCGUGCCUUAAACUCCCUGUCCCUCCCAGUCCUGGGCUCCCUCUGACAGGUGCCCCGCAGGGCUCUGCUGCUGACGCAGCUUCUGGGCAGGCCCGCAGCAGGCGUGCCCUCCCAUGGAAGCACCGUCACAGUGGGCACUCGCCUUCACUGAGGCCGACAAUCUGGGCAGGCUAGGCAGGGGCUCCCCACACAGGUGCCCGCUGGGCCUUUCCAGGCCUGCUCUGUGGUGGUCACGCGUGGGGCAGCCGCACAGGGG